AUGGUACUGAUUGCAUUACAAUUCUAUGCAACUGGAACAUUCCAAACUUUGAAACGCGAGUAUGCAGAAUUAGCCCGUAUUCCAGGCAUCAUUGGUUCCAUUGACGGAACUCAUAUUCCGAUUCAACGUCCGAUAUUGCACGAAAAAGCAUAUGUUAAUCGUAAAAACUACCAUUCAAUCAAUGUGCAAGCAAUAUUUGAUGCCCGUCACAAAUAUUUGAGUGGAUUCCAUGAAUUGCACUCUGAAAUUCGAAUGAGUCCCACAAAAGCAUCUUGGGUGAUUGUGGCAUGUUGUGUCUUGCAUAAUUUGGCUAUUGACUUAAAUAUGCCACUUGAUGACGACUGGGGCGUCGAUGUUGAUGAUGUUGAUGAUGACGCGGAUGAAGAAGAAAUGCAGGGAUUAGACGCAAGACCGAUUGGAAAUCCUACAAAAAAAGACGCGGAAUUGCGACGACUGGGACAUAUUAAAAGAGACGGAGUGGUAAGACAGAUAUUUUCUCGUUAA